AAUGACUGAGCAAGACGAAAGGAGAAUUAAUCAACCACAAUGUGACCGUACAGGCGAAAAAAACGAAGCUCACUGGGCGCGCACAGACGGUGUGGGGGAGGGGAGUCAGCACAGAUACACGCAUCAACAAUCGACGAUAGAUGUUUGCAUCGCUUACCCUGUUUCCCUGCGGAUUAUCAACAGCAACAAUACGCGGGAAUAAGACUUGUAAUAUGGGAGUAAAGUCCACAUUGGCUCACUGAAGUUGGAGGCUCUUUUCCUCAAGGAGGUGGAAGCGGCGGCGUUAGCGCACACACUAUCUGAUUAGUUAAGAGUGGGCUCACCCCUUCGUAGACCUCAGCCCCUGAGGUGGGAUAAGAUGAGCAUAACCAGCGACGAAGUCAACUUCCUGGUUUACAGAUACCUACAAGAAUCAGGUCUCUCACACUCAGCCUUCACCUUUGGCAUGGAGAGCCACAUCAGCCAGUCCAACAUCAACGGAGCGCUAGUGCCCCCUGCUGCCCUCAUCUCCAUCCUGCAGAAGGGCCUGCAGUACGUGGAGGCCGAGGUCAGCAUCAAUGAGGACGGCACAGUCUUUGACGGCCGGCCAAUCGAGUCACUGUCCCUGAUUGACGCGGUGAUGCCGGAUGUGGUGCAGAGCCGGCAGCAGGCGCUCCGCGAGAGGCUGGCCCAGCAGCAGGCCUCGGGCGUCAUGGCAACCACCUCUGUCCCAGGCCCGCAGAGUGCGCCGAAGAACAGGGAGGCCUCUGUCAACGGCGAGGAGAACGGCGCGUACACCAUGAAUAAUCACAUGGAGGACAUGGAGAUGGACGGGGAUGUGGAGAUACCAGCCAGCCAGGCAACUGUGCUGCGGGGACAUGAGUCUGAGGUCUUCAUCUGUGCCUGGAACCCUGUCACUGACCUGCUGGCCUCUGGCUCGGGCGACUCCACUGCACGGAUUUGGAACCUGAAUCAGAAUGGCAUAAGCGGGGGUGGCUCCACCCAGCUUGUCCUCCGCCACUGCAUCCGUGAGGGGGGCCAGGAUGUCCCCAGCAACAAAGACGUCACCUCCCUGGACUGGAAUAGCGAUGGGACACUCUUAGCAACAGGAUCGUAUGAUGGCUUCGCCAGGAUAUGGACCAAAGAUGGUAAUCUGGCCAGCACAUUGGGACAGCACAAAGGGCCUAUAUUUGCCCUCAAGUGGAACAAGAAGGGAAACUGCAUCCUCAGUGCAGGAGUGGACAAGACCACUAUCAUCUGGGAUGCACACACAGGCGAGGCCAAGCAGCAAUUCCCCUUCCACUCCGCUCCCGCCCUGGACGUAGACUGGCAGAACAACACCACCUUCGCCUCUUGCAGCACGGACAUGUGUAUACACGUCUGUCGCCUUGGCAGCGACCGCCCACUAAAGACCUUCCAGGGACACUCGAAUGAAGUCAACGCCAUCAAGUGGGACCCGUCGGGCAUGCUGCUGGCCUCCUGCUCUGAUGACAUGACCCUGAAGAUAUGGAGUAUGAAGCAGGACACGUGUGUGCAUGACCUACAGGCGCACAGUAAAGAGAUCUACACCAUUAAAUGGAGUCCCCCCAGCUCCAACAUCAUGCUGGCCAGUGCGUCCUUCGACUCGACGGUGCGUCUGUGGGACGUGGAGCGGGGCGUGUGCGUCCACACGCUCACCAGGCACCAGGAGCCCGUCUACAGCGUGGCCUUCAGCCCUGAUGGCAAACACCUGGCCAGCGGCUCCUUCGACAAGUGCGUCCACAUCUGGAACACCACGAGCGGGGCCCUUGUCCACAGCUACAAGGGGACAGGAGGCAUUUUUGAGGUGUGCUGGAACAGCACAGGGGACAAGGUGGGAGCCAGUGCGUCAGACGGAUCGGUGUGUGUCCUUGACCUUCGGAAAUAGCGUCCUGAUCACGAUUUUGAAGAUGGAGCCGUGUCCUGGUGGGGAAUUUGGAGUUGGGACUGUAAAUCAUGUGGCACGAAGCCUUCUCUGUUCCGUCUCAACGGUUUCUGGAAUCACCGUCUCCAGAACCGCACGAAUAUCGGCAAACUCUUCUUUCCCAACAGUGAAGGCAGACCUUGCUCGCUAGCACCUCCCUCAGGAUAGGUGUGGGAGAACGGCAAAGGCCCCAACAGCUGUGCCAAAAAAUCAUAGUCCUACAAACCAAAUAAGAGUUCCCUGUCUGAAGACAAGGGGCGUGAGCUGCUCAGUCAUUUGGACUUGUCAGUCAAACAGUGGAACGGUCAAUCGGUAAUCCAGUCCUUUUGAGCAUUGGGUACAGACCACAGUGAGACAAUGCUGUCACCUGGGAGACCUGAGCUGGAUAAACGUCAUGCAAUUUUGUCACUCUUGGAAGUCACACUGGAGAGUGACCAUAGCUACCUUUUCUUGGCCUCAUUCGUUGGCUUCUCCCUAGCUGCCUAAGAUGUGUAUGGCACUCAGAGACUUGAAGUUCCUCAGAUAAUCAAGGAUGGCCAAAGUCAAUAAAAAAUAAGUUGGCUGGUAGGGCAGGGUUUCAAAAUAAAGCAAAACUGUUUUAUAUUACAACUUGAAUAGACAGAACAGGACAGACUGCCUUCUUUAAAAUGAGGUCUUACAGGUGAUGUUUCCAAAGUUGCAGUGACAACAUGUGUUGAUUGGAGGAUGCUGUGGUUAACCACCCCCGUCCUUUAGGUGAAUGUUCUCUGACUGGGUUUUCUUUAGUUUAGUUGAACUACUGAAAGGCUUAGCUUGUCACUUUGUUCAAGCAUUCAUGCUUUGAUCAGGAAAAUCUACAGGAAAAAAAAAAAAACUGCGGAGACUCUUUUUUUCAUUUAAUUCAAAUUGAAAAAGUGAAUAUCCAUGCUUACAGAAACACUGUUUUCACUUUUGUAUCUCCCUUCUAGAUGUAAAUGUAAUGAAUGUAAAGAUUUUGUAAAUUAGACGGAUGCGCACAUUUAUAUACUGUGUAUAUGUUUUAUAUACAGUACACAUUUCCAUCCUUGAGCCUCGGUGCUCAAGGGUUCUUCUGUAUCUUGCAGGCACUGGGCCAUGACUGUGCUUAGAUUAUCCAGCUCCCCUUGGCUGUGCGUGGGGCCUCCUCGUGUGGGAUCCACAGUUCUGGUAGAGUCAGAAUCAGUCCUCGUCUCAUUUGGAUGAGUGGAGUGGUGUUGAGAACAACCAAUCAUGUUGUGACAGGAAGCAAUCUCAGACUGUCGUCAGUCAGGGUGAAAUCCUUUUUAAUCAGACGGGCAAUGACUGAUCAAGCAGUCCUCUACUGGUGUCCUCAUCAGCUUGGAUCAGGUCAAUUUUAAUCAUGAAGUGGGAGACCUGCAGUAGGCUCUCUGAUCUGUGAUUGGCCUGAUCGAGGUCAAACUAGCCUCUCUGAGUUGUUAGUGCGUUUCCCCUUUCUGUUGUCAUUAGGCUUAUCCUCUUUUGUGACCCCUGCAAUUGAUGUGAAAGUGUGAUUUUUGAACUCCUGCCUUGUGCUCAUUUCAAAUCUUGUAAAAGAUGCAACACGUUUUCAACUUCUCAGUUGCAGCAUUUGGAAGUCAAGCUCAUUUUAGAUUUCCCCUUUAAGUGGGUUCAGUCCAGUGAACCACAGAACAGAAAAGGUGUACUUUCUUCCACAUUGCCUGCUGUGGAUUUGUCCUCAUCGAAAUGUUUGUUAUUUUUGAGGGCGCGUUCAGACUUUGGUCAGCGGUUCACGUUUGUCUCAGGAGCCGAGAGCUGCUGCCUCGUUUCCACAAUCAUUACGGUCUGUGUCAGACCGAGGAAGCAGGCAGAUGGUGAGAUGUGGAACAGGUCCCACGCCUGCACUGCUCUGCCCCUUACCCCUGUUCAGGGUUCAGUGUCACCUGUCACCAGGGCAAAACGAGGAAAUGCUACUCAAUGAAACUAAAUAAAUCGCUCUAUUUUGAUAACGGAAA